UUGGCCUAUGACCCUGCAUGGGAAAUCCCCAAAGAUGCACUCAGACUUGAAUCCCUUUUAGGUCAAGGAGCCUUUGGAAAGGUCAUGCAAGGUCGUCUAUCGCUUGAUAAAAUUAGCAGCCAAUCAAUUUUAAAUCAGCGCAUCACUGACCAAUCAAAACCAAGCACACUCGUAGCUGUUAAAAUGGUGAAAGACGUUUACAAUCACGAGCAAGUCCGAUCUCUGCUCUCAGAACUGAAGAUAAUGAUGUUCAUAGGAUCUCAUGUUAACAUAGUUAAUCUUCUUGGGGCAGUAACUACCCAACUAAACAGAGGACUGUUCUACGUAGUGGUUGAGUACUGUGGUAGUGGCUGCUUGAGGGAUUACCUCAUAAAAAAUAAAAAAUAUUUUAAGAAAUUUGUGGAGAAAGUCGUGCUAACGAUGCGAGAUUUGCUGAGCUUCUCGUUCCAGAUUGCAAGGGGCAUGGAGUACUUGGCCUCUAAAAAACUGAUCCACAGAGACUUGGCGGCAAGAAAUGUGCUUGUGGCAGAUGACAAAAUCGUAAAGAUAUGCGACUUCGGCCUGGCCAAAGAUUGCUACAAGUACAGCGAGUAUAAGAAAAAAUCAGACGCUCCUGUUCCAAUCAAAUGGAUGGCUCUCGAAGCCUUGACCCAUAAGCUCUAUACGUCACAAAGUGAUGUAUGGUCAUUUGGCGUUCUGAUGUGGGAGAUUUACUCUUUCGGUGGCAACCCUUACGCUGGCAUUGACAUGAAUGAACACUUCGUUACGAGGCUAAAAGAGGGUUUGCGAUUGGAGAAACCGGAAGUUUGUGAUUUUGAAACAUUCGAAAUAAUGACGUCAUGCUGGAAAGCCAAUCAGAACGAUCGACCCACGUUUUUCGAUCUGGAAAAAUCACUCUCUAAACUUUUG